AUGCGAGCCCGAAGGUUGUCGCGGUGUGUGCGUGGGAUUUUGGGUGUGGCGCAGAGGCAUGCGUCCCCGAGCUCGCCUUCGUUUUCCUCUCCUUUUGCGGUCGCCAACGCGCGACCGUUUUCUUCUUCCUCCAGCGCUUUUUUUGCCGUUUUGUCCGUACCCCUGAAGCAAGAAGGUGCAUGCGCCCUCCGCCUUUUCGCUAGCUGGACUUCGUCCAGCAGCUCCUGCGCUCGCCAUUCUUGCCUGUCUGCCUCGUCUGUCUCUCGAGCCCCGGCUGGCGUCCGUCCUCUGUCUUCGUCUCUCCCCUCCGAGGUGCCGCCGCUUCCCUCGUCAAUCCUCCAACCUCGUCUUCUUUUCUCAGCCGCGCCGCAGAGCGAGCCCUCCGUUUGCGGGAAAAGGGGAUUUCUCUGGUUUGGCAAGAAGGACGGCGAGGAGGGAACGCCACGCGCCGCGGCUGAGACCACGAGCGAGAGCGCCUCAGAGGGCGCGACGCAAAGCGCAAGUGGAGCCCAGGCAGCCGGCGGAGCCCCCACAGUGACCUUCGUCAGCGCAGACGAGCAAACCAAGUUGCCGUGCACUUACAGGCCCGGACAGACGCUGCUGAUGGUCGCCUUGGAGAACGAGGUCGGCAUCGAGGGCGCAUGCGGCGGCCAGUGUGCAUGCAGCACCUGCCACGUCAUCUUGAACGAGAAGGAUUUUUCCAAGUUUCCCGAGCCCGACGACGACGAGCAAGACAUGCUGGAUUUGGCUGUUCACACUACAAAUACGUCGCGGCUCGGCUGUCAGUUGAAGCUCACUGAAGAUCACAGCGGGCUGGAGGUGCGGCUUCCGGCGGCGACAGUCAACCAAAUGUACCGCUGA